AAAAUUGGAUUUAAAAAUGUUAAUAGUUCAAAUAUUUAUUUAUGCACAAACAUGCUUCUUCCUAAAGUCUUAGAAAACUCAGAACCAAUACAAAGCCUUCCCCUCCCCACACAGCACAUAGUUUGCAUGUUCUCCCUGAAACUUGCGAAGUUUUCUUAGGGUUUUAGGGGGUCUUGCCUUCCUCUCACCUCUCAAAGAUGACCUAACGAAUAGGUCAAUUGGCCACUGUGAAUUGCCCCUGGUGUGUAGAGAUGAGUGGUAGAAUCUGAAGUAAGUCGAUGUGGUCGAGGGAAAGUAAUGACUCGGGCCUGUUUCUGUGCUGUAUAAAUAUCACAUGUCACCCGAGACCAAUAGAGACGUAAACCAGACAGCAUUCAACAAUCAUCUUAUUCUACAUUUUAAUCUAAUAGAAAUAGAUGAGUUGGGAAAUAAAACUCAACAUCUGGCAACGUGGAACACAGCAGGCCAGGCAGCAUCUUUAGGAAGAAGUACAGUCGAAGUUUCGGGCUGAGACUCUUCAGCAUCUGCAGAUUUCCUCGUAUCUGGCAACGUGCUUGAACUGUUGGAUGAAUUUUUAUAAAUAUGUGAUAUUCGUGCCUCCCAUUUAGAUGAAAAUAUUGGGCUAACAUUCUGCAGGAUACUCACUUUCCCACAAUGUUAUCACUAGCUUGGUUGCGUGAACUUUAUCAGAUCGAAACAGAUGGCUUUAGGUCAAAUUUCAGACAUCCUCAGUAAAUGGUGACAGCUCUAAAUCUUGGGUUGACGUCCAGCAAGGAUACUGGUCUGCCUGGUGACAUGGCUGCCCCAAUCAAAAACAGACAGGGAUUUUUCCAUCUUUGGUAAUAAUGCAUCCAAAAAAGUACCUUGAACGCAACUGAGGAAAGCACAGGAAUCAUCUAGCAAUUCUCAGAGCUCACUAUUUGUGAGAGUUUAAAUCUGCCCAAAAAAAGAUCUCAACAGACAAUGUACAUCUUGCUCUCUGCAGAUAUGCUUCUCAAGUGCUCACUGCUUUAAACAAGCUAUCUUUUUUAAAAUGAAAAAAAUUCUGACUUUGAAUUCAGGCUAGCUUCCUACAAGGGCAACAGAGCUGAACACUGCUUUAGAAAUAAAACUGAAUGCCAGACAGAAAUUUUACUCUUAUAAUUUAUAUCUUAUCUGCGAAUUCACUAACCAAGUAACUUUUAUAAAUGUUUGACGUAAAAGCCAUUCAGUGUAAAUAAAUACAGGGAGAGAUUUACACACUUAUGCAGUGGCUCCAAAAUCAUUUUAUGGUGUUUUUUUAAAAUACACACACCAAGUGUCAAAGAAGGAUAAAUACAACAUUCGAAAGGGAGAACACCACAUUUCUUGUUAUGGUGGUUGCAAUGGAGAAUUAACAAAUCAAUCUACUUACAAGAUGCAAAAUUACUAAUGUUAAACAAUAUGUAUUUCAUUCCAAAUUCCAUUCAAUCCAGAAAAUUAGUGUAGCAUAAUUUAAAUAUAUGAUUUAAUAAUCACAAUUCAGCAUCUCUCUUGGGUUAUUUUAAAAUAAUCUUUCUGUAAAAUAUGAAAGUUAAAAACAAUGGUAAUAAAUUUUGCACCGUAUUUUAUUCACCCAUAAGCCAUUUCAGAUUUACUCAAACAAUUUACAAGUAACCCACAUUGCUGAGUUCAAUUAUUGCUUGUUACAUUGUGUCUGCUGUUACAUCUUAUUUAAACAAUUCAGUCAGCACCCUGCAAGUUUUUAAAAAUUUGUUUCGAUAAAAAGGAUUUCUAUUUGUUAAAAAUAUCAUGUAGGCCCUUAACAUUUUGCUGAACAUUUUCCACUAUUUGCUGGGAAAACUUCACCGUCAAAUAGAAUUCAUAUCAGAUGUCAACUGGAUGGUUAUCAGCAAACUGAGAUGCAAAGCAAUUCAGUGCCUCGGAGAAUGAUAAAUUAGAAAAGCAAAGCAGUUUAUACUGUCAGCUGAACUUUGCAUUGAAUCAUUACAUUCUGACAGCACUAAUCCUAUUUUUCCUUUAACAGCGAAGUUUAAAAGAAAUAUGUACAGCUAUCAUUUUAGUCACAAGACAUGUAUAAUUAAUUUUUUUAUUUUGGAUCACUUAUGCUACAGAUCAGUUUGUUAGGUCCCAAUCACAAUUUCUUGACUGCUAGGCAUUGGGAGAAAGUUCCCUGGGGUGGCUAUCUCUAAUAUUCUUUCUCCAAGAAUGUCAGUCAUGGAGUUGAAUACAGAUGGAGGAAACAAAGCAGGGAGAAAUGGCUGAAGCAUCUCUCUUCUUCAAAAGCAAUGGACAGCGAGAGUUUAAACAUGUACAAAGAAGCUGGAUGAACUCAGCAGGUCGGGCAGCAUCCGUUGAAACGAGCAGUCAACGUUUCGGGCCGAGACCCUUCGUCAGGACUGAAGGAGGAGGGGGCAGGGGCCCUAUAAAGAAGGUGGGGGAGGGUGAAAGGUGCCAGGUGAAAAACCAAUCAGAGAAAAGAUCAAGUGGUGGGGGAGGGGAAGCAGGGAGGGGAUAGGCAGGAAAGGUGAAGAAGAGGAAAGCACUAUGGGUAGUAAAAGAAGACAGAAUCAUGAGAGAGGUGAUAUGACAGCUAGGAGGCAGAGUGAAAGUGGGAUGGGGAAAGGGAGAGGGAGGGAACUACCAGAAGGUGGCGAAUUUAAUGUUCAUGCCAAGGGGCUGGAGACUACCCAGAUGGUAUAUGAGGUGUUGCUCCUCCAACCUGAGUUUGGCCUCAUCAUGGCAGUAGGGGAGGCCAUGUAUGGACAUAUCCGAAUGGGAAUGUAAAGCAGAGUUGAAGUGGGUGGCAACCGGGAGAUCCUGUCUGUUGAGGCGAACGGAGUGGAGGUGCUCGAUGAAGCCGUCCCCAUCUGUGUUGGUUCUUGCCGAUGUAGAGGAGGCCGCACCGGGAGCACCAGAUGACCCCAACAGUCUCACAAGUGAAGUGUUGCCUCACCUGGAAGGACUGUUUGGGUCCCUGAGUGGUGAUAAGAGAGGAGGUGUAGGGAUAGGUGUAGCACUUAUGCUUGCAGGAGUAAGUACCAGGUGGGAGAUCUGUGGGGAGGGACUUGUGGACAAGGGAGUCGCGGAGGGAACAAUCCCUGCGAAAAGUGGAGAGGGUAGAGAGGGAAUGAUGUGCUUAGUGGUGGGGUCCUGUUGAAGGUGGCAAAAGUUGCAGAUAUGCUGGAUCCGGAGGCUGGUGGGGUGGUAGGUGAGGACAAGGGGAACACAGUCCCUGUUGUGGUGACGGGAGGAUGGGGUAAGGGCUGAAGAGCGGGAUAUGGAGUGUUUAAACAUCUGUGGAACUUCCUGGCACCGAGAGUUGUCGAGGCAAAGUCACUGGGUACAUUUAAGGCAGAGAAUUAUAGGUUCCUGAUUGGCAUGGGGGUUAAGGAUUACAGAAAGAAAGCGAAUAUGGCUGAAAACGUCAGCCAAGACUGAAUGGCAUUGCAAACUCGAUGGGCCAAAUAGCAUAACUUUGCUCCUAUAUCUUAUGGUAUAUUUAAGGUAGAAUGGACGAAUGGGUUAAAUGUUACCAGUUGAAGGAGUUGAAGCAACCAUCAGAUCAGAAAUAAACUUAAUCAUGCAAUGGUCGUAUAUGUUCUGCUCAAAUUAAUUUAUACUCGCACGGCCUGGAAAUACCACAACAGAAGGAUGGGGACCAAAGGACAAUGGACUGAGGCCAGGGAGAAGGCUGUACGGGACUGCCGAACUGGAAUUCAUCGCCGCCCCGAGGCCGAGGGCUCCGCACGGCAGCUGGAGGGGAGGGGUUUAACGUGAAGGCAGCGAGGCGACGGCCGACGUUGGCGCGGCUGCAGGUUCAGCGCCGCCCGAGCUCCGCCGCUCCACGACCCAACCCGCCAUGGCGUCACUUCCGACGGUCCGAGAGCCCCCGCAACAGGCCGCCGGCGACCGAGGAGGAGCGGGCCUAGGCCGGGGGCUGCCGUGCUCACCUUGGUGUCGACAUCAGCCAGGCAGUCUCUGCGGAACUCGUCAAACAGGCCGCGAUUCUUCAGAUUAUGUAUCGCAUUGAACUGCUGCUGCUAAGUUAACAGAUCUCAUGCCACAUGCCGGUGAUAAUAAACCUGAUGCUGAUUAAGUGGGAAAGUAAAACAUACCAGGAUGAUGCUGUCAGAACUGGUUCUUUUCAGACUAUUGAUGGUGACUGACUCAAGAUUGAAUGUUCAGGAUGAGGUGUGUCAGGGCCAGGCGCAUGACCGAUGCUAUGGCGUCUGUUGUAGAGCAGUUCCGUCAGAAAGCAUGUUGCGAGCCAGAGAACCAAAGGCUGUGGAGUGCAAAUUAAGUUCAGCGUUCAACACCACAAAUCCCUCCAGGCUUGACAAGAAGCUCAGAGACCUUGGCCUUCACUCUGCCUUGUGUAGCUGGAACCUGGACUUCCUGUCAGAUCACCGGAAGGAGGUAAGCAUGGGCUCCCUCACUUCUGACCCUCCGACCCUCAACACAGGUGUCCCUCAGGGCUGUGUACUAAGCCCCCCCUUUACUGUCUGUAAACCCGACAGUAUCACCACCCACAGCUCCAAUCUGCUAAUUAAAUUUGCUAACGACACUACACUAGUUGGCCUAAUCUCAAAUAAUAAUGAGGCAGCCUACAGAGAAGAAGUCAUCACCCUGACACAGUGGUGUCAAGAGAACAACCUCUCCCUCAAUGUUGCAAAAACAAAGGAGCUGAUUGUGGAUUACAGGAGGAAUGGAGACGUUAACCCCUAUUGACAUCGAUGGAUCUGGGGUUGAGAGGGUGAACAGCUUUAAGUUCCUCAGCAUAAACAUCACCGAGGAUCUCAUGUGGUCUCUACAUACCAGCUGUGUGAUGAAAAAAGCACAACAGCGCCUCUUUCACUUUACACAGUUGAAGAAGUUUGGUAUGGGGCCCCUCAAAUUCUAAGAGGUUUCUACAGGGGCACAAUCGAGAGCAUCCUGACUGGCUGCAUCACUGUCUGGUAUGGGAACUGUACUUCCCUCAAUCGCAGGACUUUGCAGAGAGUUGUGCAGACAGCCCAGCGCACCUGUAGAUGUGAACUUCCCGCUAUUCAGGAUAUUUUUACAAUGAUAGGUGUGUAUAAAGGGCCUGAAGGAUCAUUGGAGACCCGAGUCACUCCACCCACAAACUGUUCAGCUGCUACCACCCAGGAAAUGAUACCACAGCAUAAAAGCCAGGACCAACAGGCUCCAGGACAUUGUCUUCCACCAGGGCAUCAGACUGAUUAACUCAUGCUGACACAACUGUACUUCUAUGUUAUAUUGACUAUCCUGUUGUACAUACUAUUUAUUACAAAUUACUAUAAAUUGCACAUUGCACAUUUAGAUGGAGACGUAAUGUAAAGAUUUUCACUGCUGAUGUAUAUGAAGGAUGCAAGGAAUAAAGUCAU